AUGUCUCUUCCUCCUCCUACCACCACCACUAGGCAGACUGUGCUGACCGGGUUCACGACCCCAAUCGAUACUACAAACGUUUUAAAGCAGCUCCGAGCCACUGCCGCACUGGCAGUGAAGAAGCAACAAGAGGCAGAGGAGGCGAGCCGUCGCGCUGCGGAGGACCUCCAGCGCGCCGAGGAAGAGGCAAAAGCAAGUAGAGCAAAAGCAAAAGUCGAGGAAGAUAAUCAAAGGAGGGCAGUGGAGAAGAAGUUGGCAGAGGUGGACAAAAAGAAGACCGGAACGGAACGCGUGCGCCGAUGUACGGGAUGCGCCAAGGCCAAGUUCGACAUGCCUUGUACAUUCUCAGCGGCAAGUAGCUCUAUCACUACAUGCGACAACUGCAGGCGCCGGAAGAUUGCCUGCAUAUUCCCUGGAGAGGCGGAGAAGUCAAAGCAGAAGAAGAGGACAGUGGACGAGGUGGAGUCCCCUCAUAGAGGCAAGGGCAGAAAGAAGAGUCGCCAUCAAAGCCUGAGCUCGAGCCCGAUAGAGAUUGAGGAAGAAGUGCAUGAGAUAGCCCCAGUCCCAGCUGCUCUGCAGAUGCUGGCAAACAAAAUCGGGCAGCUUACUGAUUUGGUGGGUCAUGUCAAUAACGCGAUGGCGGAGGGGUUCGCCGCGCACCGGAAAGAGCUGCACCGAAUGGUUACUGCGCUAGACCUCCUUCUGGAGUACCGGGAGGAGUCGGCCACAAACGAGUCGAUUAAACAGGAAUAA